UGCGGCAUAGUGUCACAGACACAGAGUCGACGAGUUAAAGUAACUUAAGGUCUGAGAAUGUUUAUAGAUUAACAAGUGUGCGUGUGUGUAGGUUUAGUUUUUGAUUAUUUAUCGGCCAUUGUGUUUUGGGAGCGGCGGCAGAGAGCUGAAACACUAAACACUUGAAAAAGUUUACUCUACAUCUACAUCAGCAUGAAGACGAUCACUUUGCUCUUUAUCAACUCUCUUUUCAUCAACGGUGUGUUUGCUGAUGAGACUGUGAGAGUGUCAGUGAAUGAAGAAGAUUCUGUGAUUCUACACACUCAUGUUACUGAGUUACAGAGUAGAGAUCUGAUAAAGUGGUGGUUUGAUCACACUCGCAUAGCUAAAAUCAACAGAGCGGCCAACAACAGUGAUCCAGUUUAUGACUCUGAUGAGAGAUUUACUGACAGACUGAAGAUGAACAAUCAGACUGGAGAUCUCACCAUCACACACAUCACAUCUGAACACACUGGUGUUUAUGAAUUAGAGAACAUCAACGGAGAGAAUCAAAAAAAGUCAUUCCGUGUCAGUGUAUUUCCUAAAAUGGAGACGGUGAAAGAGAGAGAUUCUGUCUUUCUACACAUUAAUGUUACUGAAGAACAGAGAAAUGAUAAGAUACACUGGAAGAUCAAACACAACAACUCUCCUGUAGCUGAAAUCAUUACAGAGAAUAGAAAGAUCUCAACACCUUUUAUUGAAGAGAGAUUCAGAGACAGACUGAAGCUGGAUGAUCAGACUGGAGAUCUCAUCAUCACACACAUGAAGAAUGAAGACUCUGGACAGUAUGAAGCAGAUGUCACCAUCGGACACACACACACUAUACACAAGACAUUCAGUGUCACUGACUCAGUGAGUGAAGGAUUCAACAAUGGUGAUGGUGAAGAUGUUAGAUCCUCCACAAUUCUGUCUUCAGGAGGGAUAGAAGAAAUAUGUGUUUCUCUUCUGCUCCUGACUGCUGCUGCUGCUGCUGCCGGUGUUGUUGGUGUUGUUGGUGUUGUUGGUGUUGUUGGUGUUGUUGGUGUUGUUGGUGUUGUUGGUGUUGUUGGUGCUGCUGGUGUUGUUGGUGUUGUGAUCUACCGUCGCCGCAUAAGGAGACGUCAGGAUUCCAACACGGGACAGGAGUCAACAGAGAAAAAUAAGCCAUUGAGGGAUGGAGACGCCAGCAGUCAUGAUGAAACUGCAGUGUAACAUGAUCAACAUCACACAUAUCAAUAAGUUCAAAAUGUAUCUCGAAUAAGAAUUGAAUUAAAAUCUUGUAAAGAUAGAUUUUAUAUGGGCUACCUUUAGACAAUGGGCCUCAUUCAUGAAACACGAGCAGAACUAUUUUUUGUGUUAAUCGUUCGUAAAGUCGUUUUGAUGUAAACUUUCAUAUUCAUGAAAAUGUUUGCAUUUUCAAAAUGUUAGUUUGUACGAUAGAAAUUUACGCCUGCUCCAUACCACGUGUACAUGGUGCGUAAAAUAUUCAAAGUUCUGUAUUCUUUUAGACAAACUGAUGACACUCCAUUGUGAUGCAUUGUGUGUCAUAAUGAUAUAUCACAAGUUUUCUUUAGUAACUGCUUUUUACUCUUUAACUUUGAGUAAAACACAGCACUGUCAUUUUUACACAGCCGUCUUAUCACAGUGUAGCAGUUGCAGGACAAACGCUACAUUUACCAACCAUCAUACACAAUAGAGAAGUUUAUAUUGAUGGUUACUACAAUUUGAUUACAGUAUAUUCGGUAAUACAGAGUUAAAUCUAUUACUUUUGUGGUAAGCAUAUAGCCAAUUUUUUUGCAUUUAUGCCAUAAUAUUGCCAAACAGAGAAUGAAGUCCAAAGGAUUCAGCAUUCCUAGAAUAUGCUAAUAAUGAAUGAGUGUGCAAGUGCACCCUGUUUACGAAUGACUGGAAUUCACUUACAUACACAUUUUUUAAGUAGUAUUUGUGACCCAGCAGGAAAUUUUUUGAGAAGGUGCGAAUAUUUUACAUGGUUAUUUUACCAUGAAGAGCAGUGAAAUAAUAUAUUUUACAUGGUUGAUAAGUGAAAUAAUAUAUACCCUGAAAAGACACAGAUUCAGAUAUAGAUCUACAAAUCUUACUAUGUUUACAUGCACCCGCAUAAUGCGAUUAUUAUAGGAUUUUGGGAUUACACUUUACCUCAUGUAUAUUUUAUUAAACGCAAGAAGGCGGCAUGUAAAUGUCUUAAAUUAUUUUUAAAAGAAUGUUUUUAACAUAUUGCAAUAAGGUUUCAUGUAGAAACAAUUGAAAGUCACUUUGUGAUUUUACAGACAGCUUUGGUUUAUCUGAAGAUUUUAUUACAGAAGGCUUAUAGUCUUUAAAGGUGUCAUGAAAUAAGAUAGCACUUUUAAACUUUUAAGAAUUUUAAGCUUUUGUUAUAUAAUAGCUCAUCGUAUUCAAAUGAACUGAAGAACUGAUUCAGAAUUGAAGUCGUCCUUGUUACUGAAAUGAGAACUUUUAUUGACACCAGGCCCAGUGAACGCCACGUCCUGAAAUGUUUGAGAAUGACUAAAGUGAUGUACACAUAGUAGACACAUUCCUUUAUAUGUGAUGAUUGACAAACUUGUAAACAUAAAGGCAAAUUUUCCGGCUAAGGAUUAGUUUUGUCCGUGAGUUUAAACUAAAUCGCUAACUGUGUUGUGUUAAUGCUCAGAAGGAUGCAUCUCACAGAGCUCUUUUUUUCGUUAUAAAUAAGCGUUUUUAUACUUGUUGUUGGUCUUAGAUCAAAAAGCUGCGGUAUUGAUGAAUGGUCAGUUGCGGAUUUAUUGGUCUUAUAAAUUAAAUGUGCAUUUUAAGGUUUAUUUUCAUCUUUAGAUCUGGCAACCCUGUCACUUUUGUGAAGGGCUUUCUAGAACGGCUUGCCCCGUGUCAUAUGUGGAAAAGUGAGGACUUCUUUCACUGUUAUUUUUAUUGAGAGCGACCAAGCAUCAAACAUGCAACAUAUUGUGCAGCGCCUGGUUGUGGAAGAACACAGUCGCUUCCUUUGGAUUCUGAUAUAAGGAAUAAUUGGUUGAAGAUAAUUUUCCAAAGACGUUACAGUUCACAUGGGUAAAACAUUGUGUGGUGUUCACUUAAUUUCACCGUGAAAUCUUUUGCAAACAAGGUUCUCGUUGUUGCUUGAUUUGCAGAGAUACUGAGAUUUUAAAGCAAUGCUGUGCCGUCAAUAUUGAAUAUAUGUAUAAAAAUAUGUAAAAAUAUAUGUAUGAUGCGUCACUAGAGAUUGCAUCAAUAUGUCCUGAUUAUGUGUAACCAACGUGUCUAACAAAGUUAACAGAAGGCUCAAACUACACACAUAGCUUGUCAAAAAGACACACAGAAAUGUACAUCAGAGGACACACCGCUGUCUUUUGGAACUGUUAUCCAACCAUAGCAGUGGGCAUUUACUUUUAAGGCGGCCCGCCCACAAAAAACGAGCGUUUCUUGAGUUCGCCUUAAAACACGGGGAGAAAAUAGCCUAUUUCUUUUUGUUUUUGAUGUUUUUUUUAAUGUAAAAACCAUGUGAAGGCCAUAAGAAGACCUCGGACAACAGUAUAAAAUAAUAAAAAAGGCCAGUUCAUGACACCUUUAAAUCUUAUAUUAAGGUUUGCCUUUUGUUUGCUAUUAAGAGAAUCUCUUUCAUUAUUGUAUUAUUCAUUAUAUGUAUUAAUAUAUAUUUAUUUAUGUAUGUAUUUUGUCUUCUAAAAAGACUCUGAGAACAGCAUUAACAUGAACAAUCUUAUCUUAAGUUUUGCCAAUGUUUUAUUGUUAGAAGUAUUGUGUUUUAUUUUUUAUUGUUAUUUUUUUAUGUGUAUCUGACUAUGUGCAACUCCUGGGGUAGAACCAAUGACCUUUAUGUUGCUAGUGCCAUACUCUAACCACUGAGCCAAAGGAAAGCUAAUAAUAUAAAAGUAAAUAUAUAUUAAUACAUUUUCUGUCUUAUAGAAAGAAUUCAGACAGAUUGUUUCUGAACACUGUUUACUAACCCAGAAAUAAUCUCUGUUUCUACUACUGUGAACUAUUGCACUACUACGAUUGUGAGUUGAAGAUGAUAAA